AAUAUACCUCCGCUUCUUCGAUACAAACGAAGCCUCUUUCGUCCUCCUUUAUACUUCCGCCAAAUCUGACGGCGAUUUCUUCAACACCCACCCUCACCCCCUCCUAUUUUCUCACAGCCCAAACGCAAAACCUCACUUCCAAGCUGUCCUCUUUAUUUAGUCUCUCUCUCUCAUUUCCUUCACAAACCUUCCCCUCUUUCUCUCUCUCUCUAUCAUUUCCUCUUUCUCUCUCUAAGUUUUCUACCAUGGCUCAGGUGGUAGCAACUCGGUCAAUUCACACUACAUUCGCAUGCCCCAGCUCUGGAUCUUUACACAAUCAAGUUGAAAAGCUCAAACCUUCUGGUUUUGCCCCCAAAGUGCUGGUUUCUAGAGAACUAAGGAGUCACGGAGCGUUUCGCAUUAGCGCGCCGAUCACUGCCAAGAGAUCUGUUCGCGCCGCGGUCGAAGUCAUGCCGGUGUCGCCUGAAGACAUACCAAAGACAGAAGAGCAAAUUCAGCAUUUACCGGGAAUUCAGCAUCUGGGUGAUACAUCAGUGGGUAUGUGGUCUAAACCCACGGUUGGACGUAAGACAAAGAUUGUUUGCACGAUUGGUCCUUCUACCAAUACUCGGGAAAUGAUAUGGAAGCUGGCUGAAGCUGGAAUGAAUGUUGCACGUAUGAAUAUGUCUCAUGGAGACCAUGCAUCUCAUCAGAAAGUUAUAGAUUUGGUUAAGGAAUAUAAUGCUCAAUCAAAAGACAACGUCAUUGCAAUCAUGCUUGACACAAAGGGCCCCGAGGUUAGGAGUGGCGACUUGGCCCAACCAAUCAAUUUAACAAGUGGCCAGGAAUUCACUUUCACAAUCCGUAGAGGAGUUGGCGCAGCAGAUUGUGUCAGCGUCAACUAUGAUGAUUUUGUUAAUGAUGUCGAAGUGGGCGAUAUGCUUCUUGUUGAUGGUGGUAUGAUGUCGUUCUUGGUGAAGUCCAAGACAGAAGAUUCAGUGACAUGUGAAGUCGUCGAUGGAGGAGAGCUUAAAUCUAGACGACAUUUAAAUGUUCGAGGAAAAAGCGCUACACUUCCAUCUAUUACUGAAAAGGACUGGGACGACAUCAAGUUUGGAGUGGACAAUAAAGUUGACUUUUAUGCUGUUUCGUUCGUCAAAGAUGCAGCAGUAGUCCAUGAACUGAAGAAUUAUCUGCAAAGCUGUGGUGCAGAUAUACAUGUUAUUGUAAAAAUUGAAAGUGCAGACUCUAUACCAAAUUUGCAUUCAAUUAUUACAGCAUCUGAUGGGGCUAUGGUUGCAAGAGGAGAUCUUGGUGCAGAGUUGCCAAUUGAGGAGGUUCCACUGUUGCAGGAAGAGAUAAUCAGUAUAUGUCGUAGCAUGGGGAAAGCUGUUAUUGUUGCAACGAAUAUGCUUGAAAGCAUGAUCGUUCAUCCCACACCAACACGCGCUGAGGUAUCAGACAUUGCCAUUGCUGUUCGAGAGGGUGCUGAUGCUGUUAUGCUUUCUGGGGAAACUGCUCAUGGAAAGUUUCCUUUGAAAGCUGCUAAGGUUAUGCACACAGUCUCAUUACGGACUGAAGCAACCAUAAAUGGUGGUGAAACGCCUGCUAAUCUUGGCAAAGCCUUCAAGAACCAUAUGAGCGAAAUGUUCGCAUUUCAUGCAACGAUGAUGUCCAACAAUCUUGGAACCCCGAUCGUCGUCUUCACUAAAACUGGUUACAUGGCCAUCCUACUUAGUCAUUAUCGACCUUCUGGCACCAUAUUUGCGUUCACAAAUGAGAAGAGAGUACAACAGAGACUGGCUUUGUACCAAGGAGUUUGCCCAAUAUACAUGGAAUUCUCAGAUGAUGCCGAGGAAACCUUUGCAAAAGCAUUGGUUUGUUUGAAGCAACAGGGGAUGGUGAAGGAAGGAGAACAGGUAGCUCUUGUUCAGAGUGGUCGAAAGCCCAUCUGGCGGUUCCAAUCCACUCACAAUAUCCAGGUCAGAAAAGUUUAGAAGGGGAAAAAAAAAGAUGGAAUAUCCAUAACCAAGAUCUCUGCCCUCAAAGUCAAGGAUUACUCAACUGGAGCAGUUCAUAUUCGUUAUGGUGAUCGUCCCAAGCUGGUUUUUGCUUGUGAGAACAACGUCCGACUUACUUAUCCAAUGUGUACUUUCUGUAUUCCCACCCACGAAUAUCUUCAUGUUCUCUACCGUGCCUUCUUAUUUAUUAGGGUUUUUUUUUUUGGUUGUCAAUUUUCUUUUUCGGAGCUUAUAUGAACUAGAUGGUUUGGUGCAAGACUGGUAUCCUGAGAAAGAGCAGUACUUAUGACAAGCUGUUUCUUUUCUUAACAUUUGAGUAAUUCAAUCCUCUAUAUUUCCAAGUGUCUUCAUCUUGGUAAGAAA